GAACCAACCAGCAUCACUUUGAAAACCUGCCGACGUCACGACCUCGUCAUGGUAUUCACGCACGCCGUGGACUACCUUGAGGAUUUCUUCCUCAGCAUUGGCCCUGGCGACGAACCCAAGUUCCCGCACGUCCCGGCGACCCUUCGAAGCGUGUGGUACUUGACGCCGCGCCAACAUGCUAUGGAAACCGUUUGUUACGUGAUGAUAUUUGCUCCGAUGUGCUACGUCGCGCUCAAGCAAGCGUUGAACCAUUCCAAGUGGAAGAAUCAGCGGCCGAUUCGCGCUCCCACCGCGUUGGAUGGAGUCCUCGGUGCUAUCACCAUGUCGUCGUUCUUGGGGGUGUGCUACUACAAAGCCCAUUCCGUCAAUGGAUGGCGGCUUCUGUACAUGUUCCAGCCGUGCCACGUGAUGACAUUCACACUGGCGAUCCUAUGCAUUGCACGGGGCCGCACCGCCAACUUUAUCUUUCAGGUGUACGUGGCCAUGACGUGGUCGUCGGAUUGCGCGCUGGCGUUCCCAGACACGAGCGACUACAUUUACAUUGUACAUGACUCUUCAUAUAGUGUCCUCUUGGCUAGAGUGUCGAACGCUAAUACAUACAUAUAUUGGUGGUCCCCUAGGGCGACAUUUAUAACUUUUACAUUGAGCACUACUUGAUGCUUGUGAUUCCCGUCCUGCUCUGCGUAUCUGGUCGAUACGAAUACAUUGGCAGCCCUAGCUGGAUCCUCUUUGGUUUUACCGUGAUUGCGCUGUACCAUGCGAUUGUAUUGCAACUUGCGUGUUUGGUUACGGAAGUGAACAUCGCCACACUCAUGGUAUAGUCCGUGGAUAUCUCUGAUUUCCCGGAAGGAGGCUAGUAUGAUGACGACGCGCCGAUGAUGAUGCUAUGUAGUCGCCACCAAACGUCCUGCGCAGCCUAGGGGAAUGGUAUCGACCAGCGCAAUACGGCAUGUGCUUUGUCCUGCACUGGGUGCACAACUUGUCCAUCACGGGCUUCGUGGCGAUCGCGUCGUCGUCCAAGGUGCUCAAGCCGCUGCUCUCGCCCAAGCAGCAUUGAUACACCCAUAGAUCGAAAGCAACAACAUACUUGAAGUAUGUAAAUAUGCGACUGCAAUAUUAUUCUAAAUAAAUAUAGUACGGGUAGUUAUUAAUAUUGCGCCAAAAGGCCCCG